GAGGAGGCGGGAGGUGCCGGCCAUGCGGGGCCGCCAGCCGGGGCGCGGGUGAAGAGGGAGGGAGGCAGGGAGGCAGCUAGUCGAGCGAGCAGCGCGGGCGGCGGCGCUCCAUGGCCGGCGGGUCGGGGUGAGGCGAGGCGGCGCGGCGGGCAUGGCGGGCGUCAGCUACUCGCCGCCCUGGUGGGUGAGCCUGCUGCACCGCCUGCCGCACCUCAGCCUGCGCUGGGAGCUCACCGCCGCCGACUUCCGACCGCACGACGCCGAGUACCAGCAGGCCCUGUUGCUGUUGGGUGGCAUCGCUCUCUCCUGCCUCGCUCUGGACCUGCUCUUUCUCUUGUUCUACUCGUUUUGGCUGUGUUGCCGCCAUCGGAAGAGCGAAGAACAUCUAAAUGCUGACUGCUGCUGCACGGCAUGGUGUGUCAUCAUUGCAACCCUGGUGUGCAGUGCUGGAAUUGCUGUUGGCUUCUAUGGGAAUGGAGAGACCAGUGACGGCAUUCAUCGGCUGACGUACUCGCUACGCCAUGCAAACCGCACUGUGGCAGGUGUCCAAGACCGGGUACUAGAUACCGCAGUGGCCCUGAACCAAACAGUGGAGCCAAACUUGCUCAUCCUGGAGGAGAUGUUCACGAAGCAGACAGACUACCUGCAUGUUAUCCAGAAACUGCAAGGUCUCUUGGAUGAUCUGGUCAGGCAAACAACUGAGAUCCCCUUUUGGAAGAAUGAAGAGCUGUCUCUGGAGGAGCUGGCAAUUCAGAUUGACCUCUAUGACUGGUACAGGUGGCUGGGAUACCUGGGCCUGCUCCUGUUCCAUGUCCUGAUAUGUUUGCUGGUGCUCUUUGGGCUCAUUAGAAACUCUAGGGCCAUUCUUAUGGGGGUGUGCUUGCUUGGGGUGUUUGCCCUGGUUGUCAGCUGGGGAUCCCUGGGUCUGGAGUUGGCUGUCGCUGUGGGCUCCAGUGACUUCUGUAUUAACCCCGAUGCUUAUGUCUCCAAAGUGGUUGAAGAGAAUGCAGUGCUUAGUGCUGAUACUCUCCGCUAUUACAUUACCUGUAGUGCUGGAUACCCCAACCCUUUCCAGCAGAAGCUGUCAGGAAGUCACAAGGCUCUGGUAGAAAUGCAGGAUGAUGUUACGGAACUCAUGAGGUCAGCGAGCAGAGAGCACCCCACCUCCAAGGAGUAUCUCACUCGGAUCCAGGAGGUUUUAAAUUCAACAGAGAUCAACUUGCAGCAACUGACAGCUUUAGUAGACUGUCGGAGUCUGCAUUUGGAUUAUGUCCAGGCUUUGACGGGCUUUUGCUAUGAUGGAGUGGAAGGCCUCAUCUACCUGGUUCUCUUCUCUUUUGUCACAGCCCUCAUGUUCAGUUCCAUUGUGUGCAGCGUCCCACACACUUGGCAGCAAAAGAGAAGCUCAGAUGAUGAUGGGGAAGAAGAAUCAGCUGCUCAAGGGAGUAGACAAACACACGAUAAUCUUUACAGAGUGCACAUGCCCAGCCUCUAUAGCUGUGGGAGUAGUUAUGGCAGUGAGACCAGCAUUCCAGCAGCAGCACACACAGUCAGCAAUGCUCCCGUCACAGAGUACAUGAGCCAGAAUGCAAAUUUCCAGAACCCCCGUUGCGAGAAUACCCCGCUCAUUGGCCGGGAGUCCCCACCUCCCUCAUUGUAUUUGGCUGCCAUGGACAGUAGCAGCCAUAUGAGCUGGCAGCUUAAGCCCUCGGACAGUGCACGGACAUACUGGUAACAGCGCCCGCAAAUGGAACAGUACACCUCCAGCAUGAGAGCCAAAUACCUCGCCACCAACCAACCUCGUCCAGAUGCUGGCAGUGUGCAUUAAAAUGAAAAAGCAAAAGCAAAAAAAACAAAACCCACACGUGCAGUCAGACUAAACAAUGUGCCAACUGCUGUGCCCCUGUGCUGUCCUCGUAGAACAAUCCUGCUGUUCUGCCCAAAAUCCAGUGCAGCUCCUUCUGUUUCUCCAGUCCAGACCACCCCUCCAACCUGGUACCUGCCCACUGGAGUGGAAGCUCCUCUUGAAUUUAAGCCUUCUCCUUGUUGUACCUGAUGUGCGAGAGAGAGCAAGCACGUGCAGGCAAGCAACUGAGAGCACCCAGGCAAGAAACUGGGUCCACCUGCCUGGGGGCCAACUUACUAGAGUAGCCUAUCAGAAAAAGUUGGUGAAUAUCUUCUGUCCCCUUUUUUUCCCCUUCUGUUCCCCAGAGGGACUCAGUGAAAGAUGGUGGUAGGUCGUCUUCACUCCUGCAGUGGGAUCAGCAGUCUGUCAAACACUGAAGAAGCAGAGGCUCAGUGCCUAUGACUAGCGUACAACGAGGGAAUGUUGAGUCAAUGCACGAUGCAGCAUUUUGAUGGGAGUCCUCUGGUCCAGUGCCCUGUGUGAGGGAGGAGGGAAACUCCUGUCUCAUGGUAUCACUGGAUAUCCACUGUAAUGUGGGAGCCUGGGGCUCUUCUAGAGCAAACCAUCCCACUACCCUGGUUAACUUUAAAAAAAAAAAAAAAUACAUUAAGAAAAUGCCUUUUUCUUUCCCAUUAUAUCUAGCACAUGAAUUCUUGAGGAGGAGCAGGGGGUCCCAGCACCAGUCAACUACCUUAUCCAUUGCUCUGAACCUGACCUCUCUGCUCCAUCAGGGAAGCCCAGGUACUUGCAGAUGGCAUUCUGGGUGCUGCCUUUACAAGGCUGACACACAGAUCAAAUAGGAGCCAGCCACCCACUUGGUGCCAAAUUUUUCCAGGAAAAGACUUGUAAGACUUUAGGGGGGGGUAUUUUUGCACUAAAGAGUUUCAGCUCUCUGAUGCUAGAUCUUAUGGGACAGUCAGCUUGCAAAAGCAAGAGAGACUGGAAGCACCAGUGGAUUUAUAGCAAAUGCAAGCUCUCCCUACAGGAGUGACCCUGUGAACUCUGCUGGACUUUUUUUUUUUUUUUUUUUAAAUCAUGAUGUACAGCACAAGGUUGCUGAACUGGUAUUGAAGGAGGUUUUUGGAGCCUCAGUCCU